GCUGAGGAAGCAGCAUCAUGGCGGCGUCCGCUCGCAGCGUGCAAUGCGCCUUGAAGAGAGCGAUGUCUCCGUCGUUGGUGGUGAUUUUAGGAGCUACCGGCACCGGGAAGUCCAAGCUGGCGAUUGAGAUUGGAAAGAGGCUUCAGGGAGAAAUAAUCAGCGCCGACUCCAUGCAGGUGUACCAGGGGCUUGAUAUCAUAACCAAUAAGGUGACAGCAGAGGAGCGCGCCCAGUGCAGACAUCACAUGAUCGGCUUUGUGGACCCGUUGGUAAGCAGCUACAUGGUUGGGGACUUCAGAAACAAAGCCUUGGCUCUGAUAGAGGACAUGAGGAGCAGCAACAAACUGCCUAUUGUUGUUGGAGGGACGAACUAUUACAUCGAGUCUCUGCUGUGGAAGGUCCUGCUGGAUACCGGGCAGGAGAAUGAGGAGCCAGGGAAUGGAGGAGAUGGUGCUGCAGAGAGGAAGUUGGAGCUAGAAAAACUGGGAGGAGCUGAGUUACAUAAACGGCUGACGGAGGUGGACCCAAAGAUGGCCGCCAUGUUGCACCCCAAUGACAAACGCAAGAUAGCCAGGAGCCUUCAAAUCCAUGAGGAGACAGGGGUCCCGCACAGUCGCUGGCUGGAGGAGCAGAGGGGGCAGGAGGGGGGUGAUGGGCUGGGGGGGCCCCUGAGAUUCUCAGAUCCCUGCAUCUUCUGGCUGCACUCUGAAAUGGACGUUCUCGACAAGCGACUGGAUGCUCGAGUGGAUGACAUGUUGUCUGCAGGGCUGAUAGAUGAGCUUAGAGACUUCCAUGUUCGCUACAAUCAGCAGAAAGUCCAGGACAACAGUCAGAACUAUCAACAUGGGAUUUUUCAGUCCAUUGGUUUUAAGGAGUUUCAUGACUACCUGACCGCCCCUGAAAGCAGCAGCCAGCAGGAGAAGGACACACUGCGAGACAAAGGUAUUGAAGCUCUGAAGAUUGCUACCAGACGAUACGCCCGCAAACAGAACAAAUGGGUCCGAAACCGCUUCCUUAAAAGACCAGGAGACAGCGUGCCUGCGGUGUACGGCCUGGAUGUGACGGACGUGUCCCGGUGGGAGGAGAUGGUGCUGAACCCUGCACUGCAGAUACUGGACAGCCUCAGGAAGGGCGAGGAGCCAGCUGUCUCACCAAUCAGAGUCCAAGCAGAGGAGCAGAGAAACAAACGGAGCCACCAUUCCUGUGAUCUGUGUGACAGAGUGAUCAUAGGUGACCUGGAGUGGACAGCUCACCUUAAAUCUAAAAAGCAUCACUAUCAUGUGAGGAAGAAGAGGAAGUCCGAUCCAACGUCUGACCAAUCCCAGGUUGAACCUGCACCUCCUGACUCAGCUGCAGAGAUCUCGCAGAGCCAGGACAAGAGCACAACACAACAGGAAGUACCUGUGGCGUUAUAAGAGUUGUUAAAACUGGACUAAGUUAAUCUGCGUUUUUGUUUACAUCAGCUGGAUGUUUCCUCAAAAGACUGCUCUUCCUUUAUUCUGCUGCUCAUUCAUGUUGUAAAUAAUUAAUCCUUCCUGAAUGCAAAGAACUUUGAUUCUAAGAACAUUUUAAAAAUGUAAGAGUGUUUUACUUCAGUCGUACUCGUUUAAGAGUAUGGGUUUAUGAACUUGUGAAGCAGAGGUGUUGACUACCAGGGUAGUUCAACAUCGUGGACUGAAAAUAAUUACUGGAAUGUUUUAUGUGCCGCCAAAGAAGAGUUCUAACACUUAUAUUUGUUCUAUCUAUUCUUAAAGUG